AUUUUAGAGAGUACGAAACACCGAGCUUUGAAUCGGUGAUAAAAAAGAAGAGGAAAACUUGAAAUGGGGCAUCUUGACAAAUAAGAACAAUUACUCCCCAUCAUGAGGAGUUCAAAAUUGUAAAGUGGCGGGAUUUAUCCUUAUCCACCGGCACAGAGGAUCCGCUCCUGUGGGGUUUCACGUUUCUUGAUUAGUUUUCCCCUUCAUCAGGUGCGUGCGUGGAAUCACAAGAUUCAUACGUUAGGAGAAUUUCCACUCCUUAAUAGUGUCUUUCCCUAUAAAACGCCAAUGCCCGUUGACACCUUGGCAAAUGCUUGGUGUUAUCUGAUUUCGAAUUUGCACACUAUCCUCGUCGGCAAUUCGUAACCAUGGGACGACAGUUAGAGAUUCAUGAUUCCUCUCCUUUCAGUCCAAACGACGUCGAUGUCGAAAAGGUGGAAAACAAUGUUCGCCACGAUGAUAUUCGGGCAAAUGGGCAAAUAGAUGCGGAUUUAGUUGAAUUCCUCCCAAACGACCCCGAAAAUCCGCUCAACUGGACAUCAUUGAGAAAAUGGUCAAUUGUUCUAUCUUUGACUAUCGCAAAUUUUAGUUGCCUAUGGUAAAUAAUUCUCAGGCCUUUGUAACAGUUCAAAAUACUAACAGUUCUUGUCCAGGAUAGCUUCAGGUUAUUCGCCAGCGACCCCCAACUUUCAGGGAAAAUUCGGCACUUCAGCUGAAGUCGCUACGCUUCCUUUGGUUACCUAUGUGCUUGGUUUGGCAUUCGGGCCUAUGCUUUUGGCACCUCUCAGCGAGUACUAUGGACGUACUCCUGUGUACCUUACCAAUUUCUUCAUUACUACCCUGCUUUUGUUGGGUACUGCAUUGGUCGACAAUCUCCCCGGAUUUAUAGUGCUGAGAUUCAUCACGGGAUUCUUUGCUUCUGCAUCAAUCAGUAAGUACACUGACUCUCCAGCACAUUACAAAGGCCUCAUCUAACAACCCGCAGCGAAUAUCGGAGGGACAAUCGCGGACAUGUUCCAUCACGAACACACCGGUAUGCCCUUAGCGAUCUACACUAUAACAUCGGCCGGAGGAUCAGCAAGUGGGGUCUUUGUCUUCUCUUUCAUCGCACAGCUGCACGGACUCCACGGUGUUCUUUGGGCCAUGUGCGGAGCCACUGGCGCCUUUUUUCUACUUCUGUGCGUGUCACUAUCAUUCAAUGAGACUCGGCACUCUGUGCUCCUCCGCCGUCGCGCAGCUCGUUUGCGCAAAGAAACCGGAAACCAAAAUCUCGACGUCCCACUCGAAAUGCGCACCCAGCCUGCCACUCAGGUUUUCGCUACAGCUCUCACCCGUCCAUUCCAUCUCCUCUUCACUGAACCCGUCAUUCUCUUCACAGCCACUUAUAACGGAUAUCUCUUCGGCAUAGCAUUCCUCUUCAACGGCGCCUUCACCGUAGUCUUUGCCGACGGCUACGGCUUCAACACCAUCCAAACCGGUCUCGCCAACCUAGGCGUAUGUGUCGGUGCCCUCCUCGGUCCCAUAACCCACAUGUGGCAAGAGCGAUACUAUAUCCGCCGCGUCACCGCUGCAGACGGCACCAUUAAAAAUAUCCCCGAAGCACGCGUCCAACUCAGCAUGAUCGGUUCCGUCGUCUACCCCAUCUCCCUCUUCUGGUUUGCGUGGUCCGCACAACCGGGCCACAUUCACUGGAUCGUCCCUAUGAUCGCAUCCGUUUUCUACGGCUGGUCCUUCUACACUAUUAUCCAAAUGACGUUCAUGUACAUUGAAGAUACAUACAAAGUAUACGCAGCUAGUGCAUUGGCCGGUGUGUGUUUCGCGCGCAAUAUUAUCGGGGGUACAUUCCCCCUAUUCGGAACGCAGAUGUUCAACGCGCUGGGUGUGCAUUGGGCGGGUAGCAUAUUGGGAUUUGCAGCUAUCCUGUUAAUGCCCAUUCCGUACGUGUUGGGGAGAUGGGGACGUGGACUCAGGAGGAGAAGUCCAUGGGCGAGGGUCCAUAUGGAUGAUUUGGGGGAUGAUGAGCUGGCUAAGAUGUAAAUGCUUAUGGAUGGGUAUUGGGCUGUAUGAGUGAACGAGACGGCGGCAUGGGAGUUGGGAGUUUUGUUUCACGGGUAUGGCGUUUCUUAUGUAUUAUGUUCACUUGAUGAGAUAUGCUCGCGAUGUUGUUAAGAUAUGAUAAGAUAAGAUAAGAUGAAAUAUGUAAUGCAUUCC